GGGGAGUAACAAAGAAUCUUUGAAAUUGCCAUCUCAUAUCUCAACGUGAUUUCAAAUCUAUUUUUACUUGCUUGUAAAAAGGACAAUUAAUAGCAAAUGAAGAAUCCAUGCGGAAUAGUUGUAGCUGUCUCGGCAUUUCUUAUUCAAUUUAUAAUAUUUGGGAUAUGCCGGUCCUUUGGUAUCUAUGUUAUAGAACUACAAAACGAGUUCAAGACUGGUCUGUCCAUAAUUUCAUCUAUUGGAUCUGUACAUUUUGGCUUUCAACUUUGUACAGGACCAAUUGCCAGUUUUCUAAUGCGAAAGAUGUCUUACAGAAGGGUUUGUUUACUUGGCGCCAUUAUGAGCAGUGUUGGUCUCUCUGUUUUACCGUUUACUUCAAAUAUUCCAUUUUUAAUCUUCUUCUUUGGAGCAUUAACGGGUACUGGAUAUUGCUUCCUCUUUAUUUCCUCACAAACCCUAUCUGGACUCUGGUUUGAAAACAACAGACCUCUGGUUACAGGUAUCGUCUUUUCUGGUUCCUCCCUUGGUGGCGUUGCGUUUCCAUAUCUGAUUGAAUUUUUAAUUGGAAGGUUUGGCUGGAGAGGGUCUUUUUAUAUUCUUGCAUCGCUGAAUCUACAAACAGUCAUUUUCGCCUGUCUAAUGAGAGAAUCUCCAUUGCAGAAGACAUGGAAAAAAUCAAAAACUAAGAAUAUCAGGAAUAAUCUCACCAAUAGCACACAAACAAUCUAUAGAGUCCUUGAUGAUGAUGGAAGGAAAAUUCAAAACAAUGGACCAAUAAUUGAAAAUAUUGCUACAAGCCAAACAGCCGCAGACCAAACUAGAAUCGACGAACAAGUGAAGUCCAGAACGAUGAAACUACUUACUAACUUACCAUAUGUCUUAUUAAUUAUAAAUAAUAUUUUGUGGAAUUUAGGUGGCUCUGUACAAUUACUUCUUGGACCAGACUACUACACUCAAGUUGGUUUUGACUUAAGACAAGCAGCUUUGCUCUUAUCUGUACAACAAGGCACAAUGGUGGUCGGUUGUGUUGUCGGUGGAAUUUUGGGUAAUUUUCGCAGUUUCAACAGAAACGGUUUAUUUUUAUUCUCAAACAUUUUAUCAGGUUUCUGCAUACUUGCCUACACAUUUCCAGUUCUACAAGCAAUGGCGGGUUUUGUUUUCAUUAACUCUGUGUUUGGACUGAGUUCGGGGGUAAGUCUCGGAUUGCUCGUCAUACUUGUAUCGGAUUUUGUCGGAAGUCAACUGUUUGGGGACGGAAUGGGAUAUUUGAUGUUAGCAUGUGGAAUUGGAGUGUUCAUUGGGCCACCAUUAGGAGGUUACCUGAUAGAGAAGGCAGAUUCCUAUGACGUCGCCUUUUACGUGGCUGGAUCAGUUACCGUGCUCAGUGGUGUCAUAAUGUUGAUCAUUCCAAUCAAACACUGUUUCCGGAAGCCCCAGAAAUACGUCAUUUCCUCUGUGACCUAAUCUUUUUUAAUAAACAAAAGAAAUAUAAAUAUGUAAAUAUUUCUGGUGAAGAUAACGAACAACAAUCGAUCUCAACAUUUCCAUAAAUAAAGGAAAGGUGGCAUGAAACACAGUCAGAUCCGGUUUGAGAUGUAAGCAUUCCCUGUUGACGGGAGAUAACUGCCGUGAGCCCCCCUGUAUUGAUUUUGACUAUGAAACAUUGUUUUGUAACAUUAAAACUCACUUUUAAUCAACAAGGCACAAAAAUUUCAUUUUAUUUUGACCCAUUGUUUAUGAUUUGAUGUACAAGC